UGAACGGGUUGGGAGUUGGCGGCCUUUGAUGCUUGUGGGUUUGGAGAGUUAGGAAAGUGACAGGUCGGCAGUUGGGCGGAUUUUUGAGGCUCGGUAUGACUAGAAAAAGGAAAGAAAGGGGCGUUCGUAGACGGGAACAAUACGGACAGUAGCAAUCUCACGAUUGUUGAAAGUAUCGACGGAGUUAUUUCUCCUGGAAGGGACAGGUAACAAGGCAGCACAGGUUGGACCCAAUUUGAAAAGGGAGGAAGAAACAAUGAGUGACAGCUCUAAAGAGUGCAUAGAGUCAUACAGCAUGGAAACAGACCCUUCGGCAUCUGUCUUCUGGCAUGGAACAGAAUCCAGAGCAAUUUUUUGGGACAAGAAUUGAUGAGUCUUCACUGAUUGAAGGAGUAAGCAACCAAGUACUUCUGACAUUAGCUAUCACCAUUACAAUGUUGGGUGGUUUGGCAACAUUCUUGUAUAGAACUGAGCACCAGAACAUUCAUCCUGACAAUCAAGAACGUGUGAGAGAGCUCCGUCAGCACCUCCAAGCUGAGGCUUUAAGUUAUCAGGAUGGAUUUGAAAGAGAUAGACAACAAUUCUACACAGAUUUGUCCUGUCCAGUCUGUUUACAGCAAGCUGCAUUUCCUGUUGAAACCAACUGUGGUCACUUAUUUUGUGGUUCCUGUAUUGUUGCAUACUGGACUUAUGGCACGUGGUUGGGAGCAGUUAAUUGUCCCAUCUGCAGACAAAUGGUUACAUUGUUAUUCCCAUUGUUCCCAGUGAAUGAUGAGCAGCAAGAGUCUAUAGAGGUCAUUCAAAAUAUAAAUGAUUAUAACAGAAGAUUUUCUGGUCAGCCCAGAUCUUUAAUAGAUCGUAUAUUGGAUGUUCCCACACUACUGCGUCAUGCCUUUGCAGAACUGUUUUCGAUCAGCGGCCUGUUCUGGAUGUUCCGAAUACGAAUUUUCCUCUGUCUGGCUGGAGCCUUAUUCUAUUUAGCAUCACCGCUGGACUUUAUUCCUGAAGCAUUUUUUGGAAUUCUGGGUUUUCUGGAUGAUCUAUUUGUUAUUUUUCUACUCCUCAUCUAUAUUUCUAUCAUGUAUCGAGAAGCGGUAACACAAAGAUUGAAUAGAUGAAUUAAUAUUCCUAAAACAAGAGAAACCUGACUGAAAUGAAGUGUGCACAGUUUCCUGGAAAUUAUAUUGUUACAUCUUGCUGGCCUGGUCAGAAGCUUUUGCAAACUAUGAACUUCAGCAAACUCCAUGUUAACAAUAGCCAAGAAAAAUGCAAAUCUUAAAUUUGCAGUUCCAGCAUUUGUUUGUCAUUUGUUGCAAUUCAGACUGAAAUGAGUUAGGAAAUGCUCAUCUCUUUUUAUUGCAUAACUUUUCAAAGAGUUAAAAUUUGAAUUAUUGUAGAUUGAAUAUGCUUCAUUGAGUUGAAAUCUAAAUGGUGUAAUUGAGAUAUUAAAAUUUGAAGACAGUCAGAUAUAGGGUUUUGUAAAUGCAGGUUUUGGUUGUUUAAAUGAAAACUGCGACAAUGGUAAAUCAUGAGGCUAGAUUAUGUGCUUUUGAGUUAGGUUUCUCCUGUUGAUUUGCACUUCGUAUAAAAAUGUAGAGGAAAAUUGAAAAUGUCCAUUGUAUGUGUACUUAGGCUCUGGUCCUUAAACUCCAAUUGUAAAUAGAAUGCAGGGAUUUUCUACUUGCAUAUUAUCUAUGCUAAAAACAUUUAUUUGAUAUUGGAAAGAUUUUGAAUUCCCAGUAUGUAACAAAAUGUGAACAAAUUAUUCCUUUUCAUUAAACAUCUUUGGAUGCCUUGUUUGUAAUGCCGCUUGAUCGGCACCCCAUUCAUCACUCACAUUUCUUCUCCUACCUGCUCAGCCUGGUUAGAAGAUGCAUUGCAAAAACUUGCCAAAGCUCCUUUGAUCUCUGUCAUCUAGAAGGGCAAGGGCAACAAGUGCAUGGAAACUCACCGCCUCUAAGUUCCCCGUAAAGUUGCACAGUAUUCUUAUUUGGAAAUGGAUCACUCCUCCUUCUCUGUAGGUGGACCAAACUGCUGGAAUAUUCUACCUAACAACUCAUAGAAGUUCCUUUAGCAUGCAGUCGGCAGCAUUUCAAAAGAUAGCUCACAGCCUCUUCCUCAAGGCUCAUUGGGAAUGGAUAACAACUUCUGCCUUGCCACAAAUGCUGAGAAUGCAUAAAGAGAUUAAAUUAAUUGAUGAUACUUCAUUCAUUUGCCUGAUCACCAUCUUCAUAAAUUUAAAAUCACUGAGGCAUGUGGAUGAUUGCUGAUUAACUUAAUGCUGAAAUAUUUAAAAUGGUGAUGUUGAAAUGAUUAUGGAAUUGAAUAGAUAAGAAGUGGCAAAGUAGACUGGAAUGCUUACAUAUUUUAGUCAGCCCAUUGGGAUAGACUCAUUCUUUCACACUUCCCAAUUUAAACUGGGUGCUAUGGAUCAGGUGUUUUUGCUUCUGGAACCAAUUGAAGAAAUAUUGUAAGUAACUGUAAAACCCCUGGUGGUUUAUUUUGGUCAGCAUUGUUCAAACUGAACUGUGUUGAAUGCUUUGUGAUUGAGACAGCUACAGUUGUGUUUACUGUCACCCUAAGAAAGAGCAAGAAAUGUGCCAAUGUUAUCAACAACCAUGAGCUACAACCAUUUGAAUGAAAAUGUGAUUUUGAUGCCAGAUGAAUAUGGGAUUUAGCAUUCCUGGGGAUGGGGCAGGAGGUGGGUGGCCUUCCAUGAUUAAAUAGUUUUCCAUUCAGUUGUAUUUAGGUGCUUAUUUGGAGCUGGAUUAGUCAAAAAUGAAUUCUAUUACCCUGCUAUCCUCUUUGCUUGAACUUUUUGCUUUCAAAUGCAAUAAUCUCGAACUCAAUAAAGGUUUAAGCUAAUAACUGUUAAAGAUGUUUGAAUAAGAUAUUUCUUUGAUUUCAUGCUUAACCAUAUUUGAAAUAAAGGAUUUUUGAUAAGAUAGAAGUGCAGUUAAUGCAAAAUGCAUUCAUUCAAAAUUGGGUACAUAAAAAUACAGGGGGUAAAUAGGUCUGCACUUAUUACUUUUGCACCAAGUUGAUAGAGCCUAAAAUAAGAAUCAGAUUGUGUGACUUUAUCUAUGCCAUAGUGCAAAUUCAGAUAGAUAAUAGCAAGACUUUCGGGUGCUCGUACCAAUGCCGAUGGCUUUAAUAAAGUCAGUGCCGUGAAAAAUGCUGAGAUACAAUUGUAUAAAAUCAUCUUGCUUUCCACGGUUCUCCGGCAAAAAUUAAGAGAAUUUACAUUUUCAGCAGGAGAAAGUAACUAGCUUUCUUCAUGUUUCAGAUAUUUUACUGCAGACAGACACACCGCACCUCCCAUUCUGGAGGUCUGAAGGCCUUUCCAGAAUCACUCUCAAACACAAGCUAUUCAGCAACCCAAGAGCCAAUCAGUUGCCAUCAGGGUGAAUGCCUUUGCCAUCACCAUGGGCAACACGGUGGCUCAGUGGUUGGCAUUGCUGCCUCACAGCGCCAGGGAACCAGGUUCAAUUCCACUUUUGGGCUGCUGUCAGUGUGGAGUUUGCAUAUUCUCCCCGUGUAUGCGUGGGUUUCCUCCGGGUGCUCCGGUUUCCCCUCUCAGUCCAAAGAUGUGCAUGCUUCGUGGAUUGGCCACGCUAAAUUGCCCGUUGUGUUCAGGGAUGUGUAAAUUAGGUGGGUUAUAGUGAGGUGGGUCUGGGUGGAAUGCUUUGAGGUUCAGUAUGGACUAGUUAGGCUGAAGGACCUGUUUCCACACUGUAGGGAUUCAAUGAUUCUAUCAGGAGAGAUUAUUGUUUCUUUGUUACUAUGUCAGACAUAGACCUGGAGUUUUGAAGAGCCAAUAAUGAUCUCAAAGUCUCCUUUUCAAUGUUGGUGUACUUUCUUUGAUACUGGUUUAAGUUUUGAGAUGUAGUCCACUGGCUUCACUAUUCCCAACUUUUCACCCUGUAACAAAACUGCACCUACUCCCAAGUGACUGGCAUCAUUUGUCAUUUUCUAAGGUCUGGAAAAUUACGGAUGGCCCACACUCAUUUAUUUAUUAAGACUGCUUCUGAAAGGCUUCCUGGCAUCCUGCAAACUAUACUGCUUUAGCUUGUUUAUUUAAAUUUAUUAAUAGUAGUGCUACUAUGCUGAAAUUACACAAAGUCUCAGUGAAACACACAUUGCUAAAAAUCUCUAUACUUUUAGCAACAGGGAGUACUAGCACAGUCUUCAGUUGUGUUUUACUUGACAGCAUUUCUUGUCCUACAAUAUAUUCCAGGUAAGUUACUCUUUCAUUUGGAAUUUCACUUUUGCUGAAACUUAUUACUAAGUCAGUCAACUGUAUUUGCUUGAACAGGUCUUUCAAUUACUUCUCAUGUUCUUUCGGUGUACAUUAUAAAAUUGUUCAAAUAAACUACACUUAUGUAUAUCAUCUACAGAUUGAUUUCUAAGAUUUUGAAAUGUAGUUGAGGUGAUUUUUAUCCCAAAAUGUAUAACUUGACAUUGACAUUUAGUAUGCCAACAAUUAAGGAGAGUCAGGGGGCAGAGUUGAGUAUGGUAGGCAUUACAAAAGAGAAAGUGCUAGAAAAGCUAAAAGGUCUAAAAAUUGAUAAAUCUCCUGGCCGCAAUGGGCUAAUCCUAAAGUUCUGAGGGAGGUGGCUGAGGAAAUAACGGAGGCUUUGGCUGUGAUCUUUCAAAAGUCACUGGAGUCUGGGAAAGUCCCAGAUGUUUGGAAA